AUGGAGCGCUCCGACCUAGCGUUCGUGGAGCUGGCGGCCGGUGCAGGCAUGGCUGUCGCCAGUUGGGGCAGCGGCGGUGCACCAGCCGCCGGUUUCGCUCUCAAGAUUUGUGAUGGGUAUGGUGGGUUGCCAAACACCGUGGUUGAGCUUGUUAACCACAAUCGAGAAGUUUUAACUGCUUUGUCGUCUGAAGUUUCUACGAUGGAAACACAACUUCGCGGUGUAGUCGGACGCGCAAAUGAGAUUGAGAUCUCAUUUACUGGAAAUGCGCAGUAUCCGAGUCAUAACGGUGCCUUUGGGUAUAGGGUAUGCCCGGAUUUCACUCUCAAGAUAUUUGAAUAUUCUGGAAUUGGUACUGGGAUAAAUGUUUACUGUCAUCCAUCGCUGCGCACUUGCACUUUUGAUACCGGGGAGGAUGGGUAUCGGCAGGCAGUAGCGGAAGACGAAUAUGAUACUCCUAUCGAUGACGACGAAUAUAGUGGAGACCUCGUCGUCACGCCCCAUAACGCCGACGAAAUCGGCCGUCGAAUUGGUGUUGAUCUUGGAAGUGACAUAGACGAAUCGGAUGGAGAAGAAUAUCGGCGAGAAACAGUGGAGAUGAAUGCAACAGAAGGACCUAAUGCGGACGUUACGAAAAGGAAAACAGACAACGCCUCCAUCCCUACCGGUUGUCAAAAAGAAAGAUGCCGUGUCUUGAGAAGGGCAUUGGAGAUGCGUCGUGCUGGGACACUAUUUGUCCAACAAGCUUCAGGCUCUUAUAAUAGCUUAUCAAAAGCCACGCUUGAUACAUUUAAUAUUUCCCACGAGUUUCCAGCAGGAUGGGCCGUGCGCCCGCAAAAAGGAAGCAUGUACGGUGCAAAGUACAUAGGACCCUUUCGCGCUGAAAUUCAAGAACUUUUCUGUCGUGGCAAAGUAUCUAGCGCAGAGAGGAAAGGUCCAGGUGGCAUGCUUGAAGUUUUGCGGCUACGUUAUCCGGAUCGGUUUGACCUACCCAGUGAAAAUGAGAUUCGUCAAGAGAUCACCAAAUCGAAAAGACAGUGUACGCAGCAUGGAGAAGGCCAAAAAGCAAGAAUUACCAAAGAUCAAAUCAGCUUUCUUGAACAGUUGCUCUCGAGAGAGCCCGACACAGCACCUAAAGUUCUUGUAGCAGAGUUUCGAGCAGUAUACAAGGAAUCUGAACUGACCGACAAUCAAAUCAACUACCAGGCGAAGAAGAUAAAAAAAGAAUUUGAUUAG